CGAUGAUGUUUUUCACUUAGAGCAAUUCCAAGCAAUUGACGAAUAAGAUCACUGAAUAUAGGGCAAAUGUCGCCCUCAGCUUCAAGGAGUUCACGUCAUGUUGGAAAUGUACUAACAUUGACGUUGACGCCUUUUCUCUAUCCCGCGUUGAGCAAGCCUACACUGUCACGCCAUCUUGUAACUGCUUCGACUGCCUCUAUAUCAUGGCAACGAUCACGGGGCAUUUCCUGCCUUACAGCUCGCAGAGCCUCUAAGCAAGCAGAUGUAGCCUCAACACUUGGAUAUUCUUCCAAUUGCUCUCUGAAUUUCCGCCAUAUCUCUUCCUCGGCACAUAUUAAUCAGACAAACAAGCUCGAUGCCCAGGCGACCGAAGUUGAUGAAGAGGACUACCACAAGGUGCUUCCGAGACGAGUCGACCCUCUCUCAGGAGAUGGGCCUAAGGGCGAAGAUGCUACGCUUGUAAACCGGCUCGACCCACUUCCGGAUGACUAUUCUCGAUCUCUAUUCACCGAUCGCUGCUCUAUUACACUCCACGCUGGCGGCGGCGGUCACGGGUGCGUGUCGUUUCUACGAGAAAAAUAUAUUGCGAACGGUCCGGCCAAUGGUGGAGAUGGAGGCAGUGGUGGCAACAUCUACAUUCAGGCCGUCCAAGGCGAGACCAGCCUCCACAAGCUUGCACGGAGAGGCAUCCUUAAAGCAGGACGCGGCAGAAACGGGCGUGGGAAAAACAAGGGAGGUGAACGGGGCGAAGACGUAUUACUUCAAGUCCCUGUGGGCACAGUCGUACGGGAAAUUUCUCGAUAUGACCCUCUCGCAGAGGAAGAAGAACGUCGAAAACUUUACUUGAAGACACAAAAAAAGAACUCUAGCAUCCUCGAAGGCGAGGAGUCCGAGUCCGAACAGCGAGUUCAUGGCUCCGCCCUGACGGACUUUGAAUCUCAAAGCAUUGAAUUCCGCCGCGACAAAUGGCUAUUGCACCCGGCCUCCGCUCCUUCUGACUUCGCAACGACCGAGUUUCCUCCUCUUCCCCGUGUACGACGGUCCCAUCUCAGCAUGAUGCAGCUACCCGCGCCCAUUUCUUUGGACCUUUCCAAACCCAUGGAACAGCCUCUUCUCCUCGCUGCGGGCGCUGCAGGGGGCUUGGGGAACCCGCAUUUCAUCAGCCGCUCGGUGCCGCGGCCCAAAUAUGCAACGAAAGGGGAGCCAGCCAUGCGGUUAGAAUUGGAGCUGGAACUGAAGCUCCUUGCCGACGUCGGGCUCGUGGGUCUGCCCAAUGCCGGAAAGAGCACGCUGUUGCGCUCCCUCAGUCGUAGUCGAACCCGCGUCGGUAAUUGGGCGUUUACCACCCUACAGCCCAAUAUAGGGACCGUUGUGCUAGAUAAUUACAAGGGCCGGCCAAAGCUAUUUGGUAGAGAUUCUCAAGGACGCCAUGGCAAAGACGGGCCACGUACCAAAUUUACAAUUGCUGAUAUCCCUGGUCUCAUUCCUGGCGCCCAUCAAGAUCGUGGAUUAGGCCUAGGCUUUCUCAGGCAUAUUGAGCGUGCGGGAAUCCUUGGGUUCGUCGUCGAUUUAGGUGCUGGAGAUGCGGUGGAAUCACUCAAGGGCCUUUGGAGAGAGGUUGCAGCAUAUGAGAAACUGAGGGCUGUCGCAGAGGAGACACAGGACGAGAUUUCCAAGGCUGAACUCGAGCUCGAACUGGACCCAGAUCAUGAUGCCCAGCACUCUACAAUUCAAUCUUACACGUCGCCAUUCCAUCUUUCCCCGCUGGCGUCUGAUAUUCUUCCCAUUUCAGCUAAACCAUGGCUUGUGGUUGCUACCAAGGCGGAUCUGUCCGAGACCCAGGAUAAUUUCGUCAACCUUCAAAGGUAUCUCGAUGCUGUUGCAAGCGGUCAAGAAGCACAUCCCAGUGGGAAGGAAGAUGGAUGGAGGGAUGGCGCUCUUCUACGGGCUGUCCCAGUUAGCGCAAUUCGCGCUGAGGGCAUUGAGAGGAUCGUGGACCUCGCGGUGGAUAUUUUGGACAGUCAGUGAUUGACUUUUGAUUGUUUGUCGUUUUUAAUACCUAUAUUAUACAAUGUAUUAUAGUUAUAACUAGGUACGUACAAUACGUAUAAGCGUCUGGAGGUAAUGACUUUGUUGCUUUUUGAACGUCCCGCCUCUCAACCAAUGGUUUGGUGCCAGGCACACUUGCAGUACUGGUACUUAUCCUCGUCAACACAGCUUCCCAUCGAAGUAAAAAAAUAUGCAGCGAUACCACGACUUAUCAAUGUACUUCGACCUUUGGACCCACACGUAACUUAAAACAUACAAAACCUUGGUAGCUUCAAUGUUUACAAGCGCUUCGCUCUAUAUAGAUUUUACACGUGCUACGAGUAUAUGCUGUCA